UGUGAUGUAAUCAGAUGUAAGGAAUGGUCAUCCCUAGUACCACAGGGCCUACGAACACGGAGACCGGAUUCCCGAUGUAAAAGCGACCGGUGCAUGCACAGAAAACCCCGUUACUCAGGAAGUGCCAUGAAUCUACUGUGUCUACAUUUUGGGGGUUUGCUACUCUUUUUAUCUUCCGCGAAGGCUAGCCCAGCAGAUGAAAGUGCAGCAAGGGGAAGCCGAAAGGACCAGGGAGAUUCAGCUCUGGAUGAGAAACACGAGGACACUUACGGCACUUUUGCUUCUGAGUUUUAUGACUUGAGAUAUCUCUCCGAAGAAGGGUAUCCUUUCCCCACAGCUCCUCCAGUGGAUCCAUUUGCAAGGAUACGUGUAGACGAUUGUGGCAAAACUAAAGGAUGCUUUAGGUAUGGAAAACCUGGAUGUAAUGCAGAGACAUGUGAUUACUUUUUAAGUUAUCGUCGUAUUGGUGCUGAUGUUGAGUUUGAGCUGAGUGCCGACACUGAUGGAUGGGUAGCUGUUGGAUUUUCAUCUGACAAGAAAAUGGGAGGUGAUGAUGUCAUGGCCUGCGUACAUGAUGAUAAUGGAAGAGUACGCAUACAACAUUUUUAUAAUGUUGGUCAGUGGGCCAAAGAGAUUCAGCGGAAUCCAGCCAGAGACGAGGAAGGUGUGUUUGAGAGCAAUCGUGUUACUUGUCGGUUCAAACGUCCUGUAUAUGUACCAAGAGAUGAGACAAUUGUGGAUUUGCACCUAAGCUGGUAUUAUCUAUUUGCCUGGGGCCCAGCAAUCCAAGGCUCUAUAACACGACAUGAUAUUGACUCGCCUCCAGUGUCUGAGAAUGUAGUGAGCAUAUACCGAUAUGAAGAUAUUUUCAUGCCUUCAGCAGCCUAUCAAACAUUCUCCUCUCCUUUCUGCCUUCUACUGAUUGUUGCGUUGACCUUUUAUUUGCUAAUGGGAACGCCGUAAGGCUGCAUUUACUAGCCUUUGGAUUUGACAGAGAAUUAUAUGGACAUUUUUUGCUCUCUUUAUGCCUGACAUGUUUGUAAAGUUCUGCUGGAACACCAGUUGUCAUGUAACGGGUUUCUCCAGCAGUGAUUUGAGAUUUGCAGACACGGAAAGUACAUUAUAGUGGGAUGAUUUUGCAAUUAAUAAACGUGCCAAGAUCACAAACAA